UGCACGUUCCGCAGCGGCGACACGACGAUGAUAACGUCACGCCCACAGCAAAUCGCGGCCCAUCUCCGCGGCGAUUUCGCCGGAGCAUCCGUCGUCGGCAGGGACGAGAUCGGUGGCUGGUGGCUUAUGAGAAAUUCGGCCGGCGAGAUCUUCUGCUGCUUCAAUCCCCUGCUCGAGCCGCCCAACGUCAUCGAGCUGCCCAGAAAUAAGAAGAAGAAGAGGUCGAGGCCGACAAAAGCUAGGACAAGAGCGGCGUUCUCCGCCCUCCGACGGAUCCCGAUUUGAUGGUCCUGGUGGUCCACAGCGGCGGGGGUUGUCACACCAGUUUCAGCACGCUCCUCCGCCGCGAGGGAUGGUGGACGAAUUACGAGAUCGGGUUCGGGAAAGGGAGGAUAUGCGCGGGGAUUGGGUGCAAGGGUGGGAAAUUUUGGUGCUUGUUCGAUACAGGGAAAGUUUUGAUAUUCAAAAUUGACGGCUGCGACGAUGGAUUGUGGAGGAGGAGGACGGUGAUUAUGAUGGGAGCGGCGCGACCGCUGACGGCGGAGCGAUUCUGUGGGAUCAAUUACCUGUGUACGGCGGUGAAAUUGGAUGGAGGAGGAGAGGGGGAGGGGGGAUAUGAAGUGUUGAGUUGGGAGCGAGUUCAGAGAGGACUCAGCGAGAGCUUCUGGUUGGUCGCAGUGGAGAGAGAAACAACGGUGGCAGCUGCGACCGCAGAGGAAUUGGUGGUUGCGCCGACGUCGUUGGAGGAAGGGGCCGGCUCGUGGAGAGUGGUUUUGGUGCUGGACCAAUGGUGGCAGCUGCGGCCGCAGAGGAAUUGGAGGUUGCGCCGGCGUCGUUGGAGGAAGGGGCCGGCUCGAGGAGAGUGGUUUUGGUGCUGGACCACCUGGGGAAAUAUAUAUUUUUUGUUUUUUAAUUAAUGUAAUAAUGAGGUGGAAAAGAUAAAAGAUUAUUUUUUUAUUUUUAAUAAUUUUUUAAUUUCCAC